UGACAACAAAGUGAUCAAAGUGAGAUCAACAUUAAGAAUACAGAGAAAAAUUACAACCAUAUCGUUCAGACUACAAUGGCAUCAGAAAAUAUUACUGUUACAGCAAACAUAUACGGAAAACGCCAGCAAUAAUGUACCUUGCAAACCUAAGUUUAUCUGCAUUACAAAGUUAUUAAAAAAAAAAUCAUCAAAAUUGGACUUCUAAGAGAGUAGAGAAUACCAACUCCAAUAGAUGCGAGUCGUUGGAAAGACAAAUACCGUCUAGCUCCUGAACAGCUGUCAGAUAGAAACAGCUCAGUAAUGUAAACAAACAGUCCACGUGGUUGUCAUGGCAUCGCGAGCAGUGGAGAAGGUAUUCAUUGCAUUUUUCCUGGCUGAAGAAGAAGCUGCCAAUAAUAGAGCUCAGGUUGCAUUGCGUCAUCUUAAACAGUUCAAGAAGGAAAAUGUGAGAUAUCUGAAAACAUCCAGACCACAACAGGUAGAUACUACUGCCCAUAUGGAUGAACACAAAGCUGCCGUCAUGAGGGAGCCAAAAGCAGCAAAAAGACGCAGAAAAGGUGGAAGGUGUGCCGAAGACUAUCUCCAGAAAGGCGGGAUGAUGGCAUUCUACAAUCUCAGCGACUUUAACACUCACUUUGGCAUGACUCGCACCCAAGUAGAGGGACUGCUCAAUGAACUUCAGCCUCACUACCCAUAUGAAAGAGGGUCCAAGCUGCCUCUAGAAAAUGUUGUGUUGGCUAGCUUACGAGUGUUGUCCAGCCAGGAAUCUUACGGAAUGAUUGCUGAGAGAUUUCAAACCAGUAAGUCUGUUAUCUGCACUUCACUGCAUACAUUCUGCAGUCUUGUCUCAGGUAAUCUUGAAAACCACAUCAGAUGGCCUGUUGGCAAUGCCAUAAGAGGAACCAUACAAGGAUUUGAAGAGGUUGGUUUUCCAGGAACGCUUGGUGCUAUGGAUGCCUUUCACAUACCAAUUAACAAGCCCAAAGAUGUUCAGGAACCAGAUGAAUACAUGAAGGAAAAUACCAUGUAUUGCACUACUCUGUUAGCAGUUUGUGACAAUAAGUACAAAUUUACAUAUGUCAAUGUCGGACACCCUGGAGCCUUUGACAAUUCUGAUGUGUUCAAGAGGUGUGAGCUGCACAAAGCAUUUCAAGAGGAUCCUGAUUCUCUGCUUCCUUGUGACUUCCACAUAGGAGGCAAGGUGUAUCCUUUCCAUAUCAUAGCUGAUGCUGGGUUCCCUCUGUCUGAAUAUGUGAUGACCCCAUAUGCAGAUGAUGGUCAUUUGAAACACAAAGAGCGAGAGUACAACAGGCAACACUCAUCAGCCUUGUUGACAGUUUCUAAAGCAGUGGGCGUAUUGAAGGCAAGGUACAAUCGCUUAAAGUUACUUCAGAUGCAGCAUCUUGCACAGUGUAGCAUUGCUAUCAAAGCUUGUUGUAUUCUUCACAACAUCUGUGUUCAUAGUAGUGAUGCAGAGACUUAUGGUGUUGAUGAAGUGCCUCCUCUCAUUACAGCUCCUUGUGUCCAUUUGGAAUCGAAUGUUGCUGGAGAAAGUAAACGCAGUAUUAUUGCAGAUUCUCUCUUCUUGGAGUAACUAAGCCAGGAACUAAACAUAGGUCACUUACAUUCUCAAAUUUUACUUAUUUUAGAGAUCUGUAUUAUAUUUUUCACAUAUCCUUUCAAACAGGUGCUGAUAACACUGUGCCGCUACUUUUGUAUUUUGAGGUAUGCCAAUGAAAGAGGGACCUAAAUUACGUUCUUUUCCAUCAUGUAAUUAUAUUCAAAUACUAAUAUUUUAAUUUCACUUA